AUGAUGAGGGUACUCAAAGGACUACCUCCUCACUUUGAGAUGCUGAAGGUGGUGUUGAACAACCAGUCAUCAUCGCUCACUAAGGAUCAGCUGCUUACCUCCUUGAGGAGCGAGGAGAUGCGCAUUGGUGUCGCACCAAGAUCGGAUGGUGUAGCCACAUUUGGAGCGGGUACGAAAGUGGGCAGCAGCGGCAGGGGAAAUUGGGUCAAGGGAGGAAAGCAUGGAGACAGCGGUAGCAGCAGUGACACCAACUCGGGCAGAUGGGGUCAAGGGAAAGGCAAAGCGGGAGUGCUUGAUUUCCCUUGGGGGUCCAAGGGCAUGGCUCCUCGGGGGUUGUGUCAUGGCUGUUGGGAUGAGGGACAUGCAUGGCAACGAUGUCCUCAUCGACCUAAGGGAGGCAUUCCGGCAUUCUUAAAGCGGGGGGGUCGUGGGUCCAACGGCAAGGCACAGGUGGCGGAUGAGGAGGAGCAGGAUGACAAGGCAGAGGCAGUGGUUGGAGAAGCAGUUGCAGCAGUGGGAGAGGAGCAGCCGCGAGAGGGGUGGUGGAUUGACAGUGGGGCCAGCCACAACUUUACUCCUUAUGCAUCGGACUUCAAAAGUAAGCUUCAACCACCAGAGGUUCGGGGAGUUAGAUUGGGAGAUGGACGGGUGGUGAAAGCUGUUGGCAUGGGUGAGGUGCCAGUGGUUGGUGCUGGAGGUCAGCUGCUGAGGAUUCAAAAGGUCCACCUUGUGCCUGAGAUGCACACGCGUCUGCUGUCAGUCCCACACCUCACCUCUCGAGAUGUCAUUGUCACAUUCAAAGGCAAGAGAUGUGUCCUUCAACGGGGGGAGCGGGUGUUGGCGAUUGGAGAAAAGGAGAGGGGAAGGGACCAUGGAUUGGUGCGGAUGUUUCUUCCUCUUGCUCAGGGCACACAGGGCAGUGCUCUUGCAGCUAAGUCGUCCUCCUCAUUUUCCCCAUUGACCCUUGCCCAUCGCCGCCUUGGUCAUACCGCCCCCACAACAUUGCAACAGAUGGCUCGGGGGAACAGUGUACUGGGCUUGGAGAUUGGGGGGGGGGACACUGAUUGUUCCCCAUGUGAGCCCUGCUUAUUGGGAAAGUCGGCUCGGAAGUCGUUUCCCCAUGAGGCGUCUCGGGCACUUGGGCCUUUGGAUGAGGUCCACAUGGAUUUGUGGGGGUCGGUGCGCACACCAUCACUGGGAGGAGCGGUGUAUGUCCUCAGUCUCAUUGACGACUUCACCAGACGAGUUUGGUCGUUCCCCCUCCCCAACAAGGAAUCGGCCAUAGUUGCAAAAGUCCUUCGCCAGUGGCAUAAGGACGUGGAGUUGGAGUGUGGGCGGAAGAUGAAGGCUGUUCGCUCGGACAGGGGUGGCGAGUUCUUGGGGAAAGCUGUAAAAGCAUGGAAGGCGGAGUUUGGCAUUAAAACUCAAUUGAGCGUCGCAGAUACACUGCAACAGAAUGGGGUUGUGGAGAGGUGGCACAGGACGAUGGCAGAGGGGAUUCGCACAUUGUUGGUCGACAGUGGUCUCCCUGCUCGCUUGUGGGGUGAAGCAUUGAUGUGGGUCGUGUGGGUUAAGAACAGGGUCACCCACAGUGCUUUGCCUGCCUCCAUCACACCAAUGGAGGCGUGGUCCGGCCAGAAGCCGCAUGUGGGCAUGGCUCGGAUUUGGGGUUGCAUGGGGAGUGUCAUGUUGCAUGGGCAUGAGAAGGGUGGCAAGCUUGAUGCACGGGCUGUCAUGUGUGUCUGUGUUGGGGUGGACAUGGAGAGCAAGGGUUGGCGCAUGCUGGACCCUUCUAUCAUGCGCAUUCGCAUUGCUCGGGAUGUUGAUUUCCUUGAGAAUGUGAUGUGGAAGGAUUGGGACAAGGCAAAGGAAUUUGGGGAGCUUCUGCAGGAUGCAGCUGCAAUUUCCCAACUCCUCCCUCUUCCACUCUCGCCAUCUUCACCAACGGCUGACGACGUUGAGAUGCCACUUUCACCACUGCCACCGGCACCGCUGAGUGUGUCGGUGCAGCAGCAGCCCACCCCUCUGCAGCAGCUCAGUGGCCCCUCGGUCAUUCAGCGGAGAUCCGCUACACAGGCUACUUCCUCUUCCUCCUCCUCUGGUCAGCGCUCUAUCCCUCUCUCUACGGGUGCCCCUCCAUCACCAGCGACUACCUCCCCACCACUGGUUACGGGUUUGCAGGUGCUUGGUAUCCAGUCUGGUACAGGUGGUGAGGAGGUAGGGGGGGAUGCUGGUGUGGUUGAGGGCAUGCUAUGUUUGGCCAGGGAGGUGGAAGGUGUUGCACUGGCAGGUGUGAGCACAGGUCAAGGAGGUGCUUGCUCAGAGGUACCAGAUGAAGGAUCUAGGAAUGGUACUUGGUCAACUGAGGAAGGUGUUGCAGCUGAUGUCAAGGUGUACCAGAGUCUCAUUGGCAGCUUGAUGUAUGCUGCUGUGACCACCCGUCCUGACAUGUCUUUCACUGUCAAUACCCUUGCACAGUCCUGCGUGGCACCAAGACGCAUUCACAUGCGCGCUGCACUGAGAGCACUCAGCUUGCAGCUGCAUGAGAACCUGGAGCGCAUCGGCAUGCGAGUGAUUGCUGCGAAGGCCAAGGCUUCAUUCGCUGGAGGGGUUGUAUUUUGA